AUGGCAUUUACUCUACGGACACAGCUGCAGUCAGAGAGUCAACAUCCUGCGGCAGUGAGACGUCAUACUGCGGCAGUCAGAGUCAACAUACUGCGGCAGUCAGUGUCAACAUCCUGCGGCAGUCAGAGUCAACAUACUGCAGCAGUCAGAGUCAACAUACUGCGGCAGUCGAGUCACUGGCGGCAGUCGGUCAACAUCCUGCGGCAGUCAGAGUCAACAUACUGCGGCAGUCAGAGUCAACAUACUGCGGCAGUCAGAGUCAACAUACUGCGGCAGUCAGUGUCAACAUCCUGCGGCAGUCAGAGUCAACAUACUGCGGCAGUCAGUGUCAACAUCCUGUGGCAGUCAGGAGUCAACAUACUGCGGCAGUCAGUGUCAACAUCCUGCGGCAGUCAGAGUCAACAUCCUGCGGCAGUCAGAGUCAACAUACAGCGGCAGUCAGUGUCAACAUCCUGCGGCAGUGAGUGUCGACAUCCUGCGGCAGUCAGAGUCAACAAUCCUGCGGCAGUCAGAGUCAACAUACUGCGGCAGUCAGAGUCAACAUCCUGCGGCAGUCAGAGUCAACAUCCUGCGGCAGUCAGAGUCAACAUCCUGUGGAGCCAGAGCUACUGCGGCAGUCAGAGUCAACAUACUGAGGCGUCAGUGUCAACAUCCUGCGGCAGUCAGAGUCAACAUCCUGUGGCAGUCAGAGUCAACAUACUGCGGCAGUCAGAGUCAACAUACUGCGCGCAGUCAGUGUCAACAUACUGCGGCAGUCAGUGUCAACAUCCUGCGGCAGUCAGAGUCAACAUCUUGCAGUCAGAGUCAACAUACUGCGGCAGUCAGUGUCAACAUACUGCGGCAGUCAGAGUCAACAUACUGCGGCAGUCAGAGUCAACAUACUGCGGCAGUCGUGUCAACAUCUGCGGCAGUCAGAGUCAACAUGCUGCGGCAGUCGUGUCAACAUACUGCGGCAGUCGGUGUCAACAUCCUGCGGCAGUCAGAGUCAACAUACUGCGGCAGUCAGUGUCAACAUACUGCGGCAGUCAGUGUCAUCCUGCGGCAGUCAGAGUCAACAUACUGCGGCAGUCAGGUGUCAACAUACUGCGGCAGUCAGUGUCAACAUCCUGCGGCAGUCAGAGUCAACAUCUUGCAGCAGUCGGAGUCAACAUACUGCGGCAGUCGGUCGCACUACUUGCAGUCAGAGUCAACAUACUGCGGCAGUCAGAGUCAACAUACUGCGGCAGUCAGUGUCAACAUCCUGCGGCAGUCAGAGUCAACAUACUGCGGCAGUGCACAACAUACUGCGGCAGUCGAGUCAACAUACUGCGCAGUCAGAGUCAACAUACUGCGGCAGUCUGUGUCAACAUCCUGCGGCAGUCAGUGUCAACACAUUGCGGCAGUCGGUACAACAUCCUGCGGCAGUCAGAGUCAACAUGCUGCGGCAGUCAGAGUCAACAUCUUGCAGCAGUCGAGUCAACAUACUGCGGCAGUCAGAGUCAACAUACUGCGGCAGUCGGUCAACAUUGCGGCAGUCAGUGUCAAAUCCUGCGGCAGUCGUGUCAACAUCCCGGCAGUCAGAGUCAACAUACUGCGGCAGUCGAGUCAACAUCUUGCGCAGUCAGAGUCAACAUACUGCGGCAGAGUCAGGUCAACAUACUGCGGCAGUCAGUGUCAACAUCCUGCGGCAGUCAGUGUCAGCAACAUACUGCGGCAGUCAGAGUCAACAUACUGCGGCAGUCAGUGUCAACAUCCUGCGGCAGUCAGUGUCAACAUCCUGCGGCAGUCGUGUCAACAUCCUGCGGCAGUCAGAGUCAACAUACUGCGGCAGGUCAGAGUCAACAUCCUGCGGCAGUCAGUGUCAACAUUCCUGCGGCAGUCGAGUCAACAUCCUGCGGCAGUCGUGUCAACAUCCUGCGGCAGUCAGUGUCAACAUACUGCGGCAGUCAGAGUCAACAUCCUGCGGCAGCGUCAACAUACUGCGGCAGUCAGUGUCAACAUACUGCGGCAGUCAGAGUCAACAUCCUGCGGCAGUCAGAGUCAACAUACUGA